UAGUAAAUUCUACAGAAUUUCUUGUCAGAAGAUUACCUGCAAAGGGCAUACAAAUCUUGAAUUGAAACAGAAUUAGAAUUGUUUGUCUUUGUCUCUUCUCUCAUACGACACUUCAUCAGACAAUUCCACUGGGUGUCGCUUGAAGUGUUUUGAAAGGAUUGCAGCCGGCUCGUCCGGGAUGACUUUCCUGAUCUUUUUCCUGGUUAUUGUCGCCAUUCACGGAGUGCUUUUCUUCUUCGAUGCAUUCUUUAAGAGUUGCAUGCACCAUCCUUACCGGCUCUUCCUGGAGGGCACGGGAUUCACGGUGAAGUUUCUGAGGCUUGAAUGGUACACCACAGCUUUAAAUCGCGCCCUGGUCAAGUGGAGUAGCUCUUCGCCACGCCUCCUCUCCAGAUCCUUUGAUCUGGGUGUUUACAGUGCCCUUUUUCUCCUGCCAGUAUCCUUGGGAGCGCUUCUAUGGAGCUUCUUCAGCUCAUGGGCGAGUCCAGGUGUGACCGAGGCGGCCGGAGUGCAGAUGGAAAUCCUCUUGCCAGGCGUAACACUGCCUCUAGAUGAGAUUCACUACUAUCUAUUUACGCUUCUGAUCAGUUCAGUAGUCCAUGAACUCGGUCACGCAGUAGCAGCAGUGCUGGAAGACGUUCCUCUGCUGGGAUUCAGCGUGCGAGUGUACUUUUUCCUCCCGGUGGCACUCACGGAGCUCAGUUCGGAACAAUUGGCCGGAUUGAAAGCCUGGCGGAAGCUUCGGGUUUUGUGUGCUGGCAUUUGGAACAAUCUGGCGCUGGGAUUGAUUGGCUUUCUGCUGCUUCAAGGCUCCAGGCCACUUCUAGGGUGGCUUUAUCACAUCGACAGAGGAAUCUAUGUGGCAGAAAUCGAGCGAAAGUCGCCUCUUUUGGGCGCCAAAGGUCUCAAUCAGGGUGACUUCAUUACCAAGAUCAACUCCUGCGAUGUGAGAGACUUGGAUUCCUGGCACGAUUGUCUCUUGCAGGCUCUCAGAAGACAGCCAGCUUAUUGUCUCUCAUCAGAGUUUAUACACAGUCACGAUGAGUCAACGCCUGUGGGCACUGUAGAUGGGAUUACGCAGUGCUGUGAUCCUGAAAAUCUCGCCAAUGUGUGCUUUGAGUAUUCCGGAGAGAAUGACAUCCUCGAAAUUCCCCAGCACGUGUGCCUCCCUAUUCGACUAACAGUGGAGAAUUCCUACAGGUACUGCCAGGAAGACUUGAAGUGCAACGAUAGAGGCCAGGAGGGCUACUGUCUCAAGCCAUUACUCCAGAAUUCCACCACAAUUCUCGAGCUGACGCGACGAGGCAGAAGAGUCGUCUACAUGGGCCAUCCUGGUGAUAUCUAUCGCACCGUUCGGGUGUCAAGCUUCAUUCCAAAGCUCAGAUACAUCUCUCCCGCCUUCGGCGAUGCCCUCACUCUCUUUCUGCGCUACUUGGUGGUCUUCUCCUUCGGCCUGGUGCUGGUCAACGUGAUUCCUUGCUACGGAUUCGACGGACAGCACAUCAUAAGCGUGAUCCUGGGCCACCAACUGGCCAAAUUCGGCGUCUCCAGUCAAACACGAGACAUUGUUAUUCUAUUAAUCACAUCUCUAUGCACAUGUCUACAGAUUGCGCUGCUCACGAGGUUUCUCUGGCACGUUCUGGUCUAA